AUGGAAGACGAAAACUUGGACAUCAACUCCCAAUGGGAGCCCGUCACCUUCAACUAUUCCGGUAACGCGACGAACGAGACGGUCCCGGUGCUCACCAGAGGGGAGCGUGACGAGACGCUAGCGGCGGUGGAGAUCAGUGUUCUCGGCGUGCUGUUCUUCCUGGCCCUGACGGGGAACAGUUACGUGCUCGCCGACAUCUACCGCAGUCGGACCCACCACAGGAGGAUGCACCUCUUCCUGGCCAACCUCUGUAUCGCGGAUCUGACCGUGGCCUUGUUCAACAUCCUCCCCCAACUCAUCUGGGACGCGACCGACCGUUUCCUGGCAGGAGACUUCCUGUGUAGAGUCGUCAAGUAUCUCCAGUUGUCGAGUCUGUACGCCUCGUCGUUUGUUCUUGUCGGCUCGGCUCUGGACCGCUACACCGCCAUCUGCCACCCGAUGUCUGCCGUGACCAGGACCGUGUACAAGCCGAAACGAGUCCUGCUGCUCUGCUGGGGGUUCUCGAUUAUCUUCGGACUUCCACAGAUCCAAAUCUUCGGCCUACGCGAGGGUCCUCACGGGUACCUCGACUGUUGGGGUCUGUUCCUGCAGCCCUGGGGUCCAACAGCGUACGUCAUCUGGUGUAGCCUGUCCCUCUUCUUCAUCCCCUGCCUCAUCAUCGCCACGGCUUACACCCACAUCUCCCUGGAAGUCUGGAGAGUGUACCGCGAGGACAAAUCCGCCCCGGGCCAGCUACAGUACCGCCGGGCAAGCCGCUUCGACCUCCCGAUUCGAUCCGGAAAAUUCCGGCCGAGAACGCACCGCGUGGGAGGAGAUUUCCGGGCCACGAAGAUCCGGACGGUGCAGAUGACGUUGGUGAUCGUCAUCGCGUACAUCCUGUGCUGGUCGCCGUUCUUCAUCAUGCAGCUGUGGGCAGUCUUCGAUCUCAACGCACCAUUCGAAGGUCCGGCGUUCGUUAUUAUUAUGCUGCUGGCCAGCCUGAACAGUUGUGUUAACCCCUGGAUCUACUUCGCCUUCAAGACAAGAUGUGACCGGAAGAAAACGCCAAGAAGCAGCAUCAACAGACGAGCAAUACAGACCCCAAGAACAACUGAGUUGGAGAUGAACAAAAUCGAAAAGUCACUACCGGCUUUUGAAAGAGUAAAGGUCACCUUUGGGGUUGCCCAAGAUGGACAACAGGGGGUCAAGAUCACGUUCAACACAAAGGCUGCUGGGAGGGAGAACCUUCGUCUCGCGAGAAUUCCCGAGACUGGGAUGUUGGAGCUCAAAAAUGACAGUCCGAGCCGUAUUAUGUCUGAAGGUGAAGUGGAGACCAGAAAUCGGCGGCGUAAGCGAGAAGACGGACGUAUUGUCUCUUUCAUUGGGUCAAAUUCAUUGUAG